AUGGUGUGCCCUGAGGCCCAGGCAGCCGGUACAUACAGCGUGGAUUACGAAACAAUCAACAAAAGAGAGAGACAUUCUCCUGUCAAGCUCCAUCGCCGCCCUGUUAUUACGAGCUGGUGCCACGCUGGUAGCAGUGACGAGCGAUGGGACUGCAAAACGGUACGGGCUUCACCCGAAGGAUCAAUUGGCCGUGAUGUUUUGUCAUCGAAGAAAGCGGCUCUUCCGCAGAUGUUCUUACACACUGAGGAUUUGACUCAAGGAAGUACAGUCUGGCUAUCCGCAAGUUCCGUGCCUCUGUUCCUUGGGCAAUCCAGCGCUAAACACAACGGCGAUGCCGUGCAACCGUGA